AUGCCCCUGCAGUAUAUUCUAGGCGAUCAACCCUUCGGCGAACUCAACAUCCUGUGUGAAAAGGGUGUGCUGAUUCCAAGGGCAGAGACAGAGACAUUCACUAUACAAACGGCCAAAUUGAUCUUGAACAAUAUUCAGAGGCACGGGCGUCAUGAAUUUGGCCAACAGCAAUGUUCCUUCCGCAUAGUUGACCUCUGUACAGGUAGUGGCUGCAUAGCGCUGCUCCUGCAUGCACUCCUUGCCCCUCAUAUCUGUCGGCUUUCGAUUCUUGGGAUUGAUAUUAGCCCUGCGGCCAUUGGGUUAGCCAACAAGAACCUUGCGCGCAAUGUUCAGCAAGGUCUGCUUUCAAAUCGUGCUAUAGCCGAGGUUUCUUUCCAGCGCGGCAAUGUUCUCACCCAUGACAGCACUGGGCUUCCUUCGGCAAUGGAAGUGCUGCGCAAUUACCAAGGACUUCCCUUUGAUAAGGAGCCAAAAUGUGAUGUGCUCAUUUCAAACCCGCCAUAUAUAUCCCCUGAAUCAUUUCGUGACGGUACUACCUCACGUAGUGUCCGGGUUUUUGAGCCAAAGCUUGCAUUGGUUCCUCCGCUCGGAGACCCUACUAGCGGAUUAGGACUCAGUAGACAGGAAGAUCUUUUCUACUAUCACAUCAUUUUGCUAUCAUUUCAGAUUCGGACGAAGCUUGCAGUGCUCGAGUGCGGCGACCGCUCACAGGCUAGGCGGGUAGCUGCUAUUGUCAAAACAUUGUCCAGCGACUAUCGGCUGAAUGCCCUGUCCAUCGAGAUCUGGUCUAGUUCUGGGGCAUGUAUUAGUGACGAAAUAUCUUCGGAGAAUGAACCCUGUGCAGUUGUUCUCCAUAAUUGGGCAGUAUGUUCCUAG